AGAGCGAAAACUUUAUCUAGGGGCUAAACAACACCAUGGUUCAUAAAUCAAUAUUAGGCUUAUCUUGACCAGCUGUGAGAAUUUGUGCGGCUGCACAUCGCAAAGAUAUUGGGGUUCGAGCCAUGACAGAAAUUGGUAACCACCAGCGAGCAGCGAGCAGCGACCAUUGUCGAAAAGUGCCAUUGACACCUCACUUGAGUUUCACUUUCCAUUCGACAUGGGUUACUGGUCAGAGACGCGGGCCUGGCUACUAAGGGAUCCAGCCAAACUCAUCCGCUACCUGGUGCUCUUCGCCUGCAGCAUCGUGGUGAUUGUUCAGCUCUACGAGUGCUUCGCAAAGCUCUACAAUCCACCCAUCUCCACUCACUCCUACUACAACGUAAACGACACGAUUGAGAUGCCAGCGAUAACCAUAUGUCGGGAGCCACCCUACAGAGAGGAGGUUCUCACUAACCUCUCUGGGGGUUACUGCCCGCAUCCAAAGUAUGCCACCUGCUGGAUGAACUAUCCGUUUGGUGAAGUAUCCCUGGAUGAGUUCUUUGAGAAUGCCACACACGACAUCAGCGACACCUUUGUCCUCUACGGCCUGAAUGGCGACAAGAACAAUCUGGAAAUUGACAGCAGUCUGCACUUUUAUAUGGGUCGCUGUCACACCCUACGGCCCAAGGCACCCACCAAGCGUGUGUCAAAAUCUGUGGGCUACUCUCUGAUGGUAGAGCAUGCCCGAUCCACCACCUCAACCAGUGAUGUGGAUACUGGAGGCACAGGCUGGCAUGUCUUCAUCCACGAUAAACGAGAGAAUUUCACAGAAAUCAACAUGAAGGGCUCGGGCCGUGUGGAAUAUGUGUUCGUGAAUAUCAAUGAGGAGAUUGAGAUCAAGCUGCAGAGUCAAUACUUUUCGAAUGUGGAGACACGCGAUGUGCCCUGCUCCAGCGAUGAGGGCUACAGUGACCUGAAGUGCGGGGAUCAUUGCAUCUGGCAGGACUUGGCGGAUGAGUCAAAAUGUUCGGGUCCCUGGAUGCACGAGAUUGUCAAUGAGCCCUGCAACGACACUUUAUCCAUGAGGAAUUUAAUAUCGGACUAUAAGGAGGUCUAUGAAAACGAGGAUGACUUUGACUGUGACUGCAUUUUGCCGUGCCAGUCCCGCAUCUACACAACUUUCAUACAGAGUCGGAAAGCCUUCAAUCAGCCGGAGCCUCGCUCUCUAAUCUACAUUUACUACACAACCAAAUUGAUAUCGAUGAUUGAGGAGCGCCCGAGCUAUGACACAACGCAGUUUAUAGCCGAUGUUGGUGGCUCUUUGGGCUUCCUGUUGGGCCUUUCAGUGCUAGGACUCAUUGGCAUACUGGAACAUAUGACUCUCUUCUUUUGUGGUGGCUUCAUCAAGCGCAUGCAGCAGAAGGAGCAAAGUAAAUUGGGUGAAGCAUCAGAGGAUGGUCAGUCGCAGACCAGCGAUGAGACCAUCGAUGUGGCCACAGUCUAUAAGAAAAAGUCAACAAAUUGAUAGUCAAGGAGUCAAGCUGGCUUGGCAUUCCAUAG